AUGUUCGCCAUUCAGCCAUCACCAACGCAGUCUUCUGGGACUGACGACAAUGCAUCCACAAAUUGUUGCACCCCCAAUAUCCUCCCUUGUCGAAUUCAUUACGAUGGUCCAGUCGAAUCGCUCGAGCGUCAUUGGACUCCUAAAUCUGACGAGAAAGAUGGUGAUGUGCAUACUUCGCACUUUAGAGGUCGCAGAUUACGGGGUAGACGUGUAGCAAUCCCGGAAGGAUAUAAGGGUAUCAUCGCAACACCAACAGAAUGUCUACUGCCAUCAUCGCAGAAAAACAAUGAUUUAUCGACAGACGAUGUCGUCGAAGUUGAGCCAGAAGAACCCGUUAAGAUUCUGGAGCAACAAGCUAGCUUUGAUGAUUUUGUGGUCUGGGGUCAUGAAGUAGCGCCUGCUGCUGAUGACCGCUUCGUCAAAGGAGUGGAGGAGUGGAUCAAGUUGGCUGAAGCUAUACAUUCGAACCAAGCCCCUGCCGAAGCCAGCGAAAAGAAAGCGUCGACUUGA